GACAUUCCAAACGAACACACUGCCCUGAUUGGGAUAGCAGAGAAAGCUGGGGUCAUGAAAGCUACAGUGGAAGUCACAAACGGAAGAGGAGAUCUCACAGUAGUACACAAGAGAAUAGGCAUUGUAAACCGCAUCACCAGUUUAAAGAAUCUGAGUCAUUAUUUAGAAGCAAGGUCCUUGAAUGAGAGAGAUUAUAGGGACCGGAGAUACGUUGAUGAAUACAGAAAUGACUACUGUGAAGGAUAUAUUCCUAGACAUUAUCACAGAGACAUUGAAAGCGCUUAUCGAAUCCACUGCAGUAAAUCCUCAGUCCGAAGCAGGAGAAGCAGUCCUAAAAGGAAGCGUAAUAGACACUGUUCAAGUCAUCAGUCACGUUCGAAGAGCCACCGAAGGAAAAGAUCCAGGAGUAUAGAGGAUGAUGAGGAGGGUCACCUGAUCUGUCAAAGUGGAGACGUUCUAAGAGCAAGAUAUGAAAUCGUGGACACUUUGGGUGAAGGGGCCUUUGGCAAAGUUGUAGAAUGCAUUGAUCAUGGCAUGGAUGGCUUACAUGUAGCAGUGAAAAUAGUAAAAAAUGUAGGCCGUUACCGUGAAGCAGCUCGUUCAGAAAUCCAAGUAUUGGAGCAUUUAAAUAGUACAGAUCCUAAUAGUGUCUUCCGAUGUGUCCAGAUGCUAGAAUGGUUUGAUCAUCAUGGUCAUGUUUGUAUUGUGUUUGAACUGCUGGGACUUAGUACCUAUGAUUUCAUUAAAGAAAACAGCUUUCUGCCAUUUCAGAUUGAUCACAUCAGGCAGAUGGCGUAUCAGAUCUGCCAAUCAAUAAAUUUUUUGCAUCAUAAUAAAUUAACACAUACAGAUCUGAAACCUGAAAAUAUUUUAUUUGUGAAGUCUGACUAUGUAGUCAAAUAUAAUUCUAAAAUGAAACGUGAUGAACGCACACUAAAAAACACAGAUAUUAAAGUUGUUGACUUUGGAAGUGCAACAUAUGAUGAUGAACAUCACAGUACUUUGGUGUCCACACGGCACUACAGAGCUCCAGAGGUCAUUUUGGCUUUAGGUUGGUCUCAGCCUUGUGAUGUUUGGAGUAUAGGUUGCAUUCUUAUUGAAUAUUACCUUGGGUUCACAGUCUUUCAGACUCAUGAUAGUAAAGAGCAUCUGGCCAUGAUGGAACGAAUAUUAGGACCCAUACCAGCACACAUGAUUCAGAAAACAAGGAAACGCAAGUAUUUUCACCAUAACCAGCUAGAUUGGGAUGAACAUAGUUCUGCUGGUAGAUAUGUUAGGAGACGCUGCAAACCAUUAAAGGAAUUUAUGCUCAGUCAUGAUGAAGAACAUGAGAAGCUUUUUGACCUUGUUCGAAGAAUGUUAGAAUAUGAUCCAACUAAAAGAAUCACCCUGGACGAAGCAUUGCAGCAUCCUUUCUUUGACUUAUUAAAAAAGAAAUGAAAUGGAAAUCAGUGGUCUUACUAUAUACUUCUCUAGAAGAGAUUACUUUAAGACUGUGUCAGUCAACUAAACAUUCUAAUAUUUUUGUAAACAUUAAAUUAUUUUGUACAGUUAA